AUGUCAGCGGACCAAGCUGGAUCCGGCGACGAGGGUCUUCCAGCCGGCAGCAGCAGACAGCACAAAAGGUCGCGGGUGCUGCUAAGUUACACGGUGCACCGACCGACCUUUGCCAAGGAGUACAGCGCGUUCUGGCAGGAUCCGUCAGCAGCCUCGGUCGACUGGCUGGGAGUGCUGUACGGGAUCCUGGCGCUGGGGGUGCACUUUGCCUCACUGCAGGGGCCCGGGAGCACGGCACUGGAGGUCACGGCGAUCUCGCUAAGCGAGCAGUUCCGGCUGUACCGAUCGGCGACAUCGUGGGCGCUGACGACGUCGCGGCUGGUGAGCCCGAGCCAGCAGACGAUACAGGCGCUGCUCAUGUACGAAGAGGCGGAAUUCCUGGUUAACCGGGCCAGCCAGACUCAUUGCUGGCUGUUGUCGGCCACGUGCAUCCGGCUGAUGCUCAACAUGGGAAUGCAUCGCGACCCGAGCAAGCUGCCGACGAUCUCGGCCUUUGACGGCGAGAUGCGACGCCGGAUGUGGAAUCUGGCCAUCCAGCUGGACCUGAUCGUGUCGUUUCACAUGGGUCUUCCGAGCAUGAUCCACGGCAUCCCCAGCGACACCGGGCUGCCACACAAUUUGCUGGACGAGGACUUUGGCGAGGACUGUGCCGUUUUGCCGCCAUCGCGACCCGGCCACGAGUACACGCCGAUGAGCUAUCCGAUCUUCAAGAGCAUGGUCUGUCGCGUGUUCGGUCAGGUUGCCCGGCUGUCCCACACGCUCAUCCCGCCAUCGUAUGCCGAGGUCAUGCGCACCGACAGUUUGCUGCUCGACCGUUGGCGCCAGAUCCCCUCCUUCAUGAAGGUCUGCCCGCUCGCCGACGCUGUCUUCGACCCACCCUCGCUCAUCAUCCAGCGCUAUGGCCUCGCCUCGCUCUUCCAGAAGAGCCGCUGCGUCCUGCACCGACCCUAUCUCGCCGUCGCCGUCCCCCGUCCUGAACACGCCUACUCACGUCGCACUUGUCUGCAGGCUGCUCUCGAGCUGCUCGGCUACCACGAGGCCGUCGCCGAGGCCACUGCUCCCGGUGGCAUCCUCAGCCACGUCGGUUGGUUCGUCACCGGCCUCGGCAUGCACGACUUUCUGCUGGCCGCUAUGAUCGUCUACCUGGUCGUCCAGAACGACGCCCUAUUCAAAGACGAGCUGAUCAUCUCCGACAGCGCCAGCGACUCGGCUUCUGAGCCUCAGUCGGCCUCCUCGUCCUCGCCGCCAGCCCUGCCGGCUGUCAGGAGCACGCUCGUCAACCUUCUCCUGCGCUCAUACCGUCUCUGGGCCUCCCUGGCAACGAACCACUACGAGGUCCAAAAGGCGGCCGAGCUGCUCAGGAUCAUGGUCAACAAGAUUGACGCCCACGUCGACUCGACCGGACAUCCAACAUCCACUGCUUUUGAUACUGGCAGCUCCUGGCAGAUGGGCAUUGACGAAUCCUCUAUAUCGAACGUCUCACUGGGCGAUGAACCCAUAAGCAUGCCGCCAUCGGUCUCCUAUGAUCUCCCUUUCGACCUUUCCACGCCCGUCUUGAACCAAGACAGUAUGCAGGCCAACUUCUCGCGCCAAGACUUGGUGCCCAACGUAGCGGCUGUCAACAAUGACGGAGAUCCGCCAGUGAUGCCGGACAUGUACGAGUCGUGGAUCACCAUGCCUCUCGAAACGCUCGACUGGGACACCGUCGACAACGGGCUCCGGGCCAGCAGCAGCCACAGAAACGAUUGGAUCGACCAGUCGACAUUAGACGACAUCAACAGCAUCUCUACUGGCCUGUGGGACCAUCCGGAUGGCGUGCUCCAAGGCCCCUAG